AUCGCUGUACCUGCUUCAAGAACUCGAUUUCUGUGGUCGCUGCUCUUGUUUCUCUCCAAACACCAAACGGACAGAAGGACAUCCUUCUGUGUACUGUUUGUUUCUCAGUGGGUUUUACGGCGGUAACCGCGAGACUCCCGCUGGGGUUCGUAGUUCCGCACAGUUCGUGCGUUCUUUGCCCCCAAUCCGAUAUUGACGAAAAGCCGGCCCCUCCUCGCUUCUAAUGCAAUGAAUCAAAACGAUGGCGGAUCCCGUGGAACUUCAGAAACAGGAAUUCAAGAAGUACCUCGAAGAUCAAGGCGUGCUUCAGCAGCUUUCCCGUGUUCUUGUCGGGUUAUACGAGGAACCUGAUCGGCCUCUGAACGCUCUCGAUUAUAUCAAAAAGUACUUGGGCGCUCCGACUGGAGCAGACAUCGACGCUCUGCGUUCCGAGGUCGACAGUCUGAAAAAAGAAAAUGCAGGUCUCAAAGCCCGGGUGGAGCAACUCCAACAAGAGGUCGACACUCUCCGACAAGAUCUCGAAGCCUGA